AUGUCAGCAACGUUCCCGGGUCUCGUCCACGAUCCCGAGAUACGUCAUGAUGGAUCAAACAGCUAUCGUCUGAUGCAGCUGGGAUGUCUGGAAUCAGUGGCAAAUUCUACAGUCGCCUAUUCAUCCUCAUCCCCUUUAACCUACCCCACGAAUGGAACCGAUUUCGCCUCACCUUAUUUUUCCGCAAAUCACCAGUACACCCCCCUCCACCACCAGUCAUUCCACUAUGAGUUCCAGCAUAGCCACCCUGCAGUCAACCCAGAUGCUUAUUCCUUGAAUUCCCUCCACCACUCCCAACAAUACUACCAACAGAUCCACCAUGGAGAACCUUCAGACUUUAUCAACCUUCACAAUGCCCGGGCGCUCAAGUCCUCUUGCCUGGAUGAGCAGAGGAGGGAGCUGGGCUGUUUGGAUGCCUAUCGCCGGCAUGACCUAGCCCUUAUGGGCCAUGGUUCCCAAUAUGGGAUGCAUCCAGACCAGAGACUUCUACCAGGUCCUAGUCUAGGGCUACCACCUCCAGGACCAGACGAAAUGCAGAACUCAGUGGAGGCACAAUGUGGAUUAGUUCUGAACGGGCAAGGCGGAGUGAUCCGGAGAGGGAGCACAUGUGUUGUAAAUCCAACAGACCUGUUCUGUUCUGUUCCUGGUCGUCUAUCGUUACUCAGCUCCACAUCAAAGUAUAAAGUGACAAUUGCUGAAGUAAAAAGGCGUCUGUCACCACCAGAAUGUCUCAAUGCUUCUCUUUUAGGAGGAAUUUUACGAAGAGCAAAAUCUAAGAAUGGUGGUCGAUGUUUAAGAGAGAAACUGGACAGGUUGGGAUUAAAUUUACCAGCUGGCAGAAGGAAAGCAGCAAACGUUACCCUUCUAACUUCACUGGUUGAAGGUGAGGCCCUCCAUUUGGCCCGGGACUUUGGUUAUACCUGUGAGACAGAGUUUCCUGCCAAAGCAGUGGGUGAACAUUUGGCCCGACAACAUCUGGAGCCCAAAGAACAGACACCAAGGAAAAAAAUGAUCCUAGCAACAAAGCAAAUCUGUAAGGAAUUUCAGGAUUUAUUAAGCCAGGACAGAUCACCCCUGGGAUCCUCUAGACCAACUCCAAUUCUAGAUCUUGAUGUUCAGAGACAUCUAACACAUUUCAGCCUGAUCACCCAUGGAUUUGGUACUCCUGCUAUCUGCGCUGCUCUCAGCACAUUCCAAACUGUCCUCAGUGAAAUGCUGAACUACCUGGAUAAGCACACAGUCACUAAAAAUGGAGGCUUACCUGAGACUGGCCAGGGCAAUGGCAACACAGACAAAGCAUCAAUGCGCAAGAGCUCGGAAAUGCUGCAAAAAGAUGGCAAAACUGAGAAAACUGAAUGA